GCCUCCUAGCCCCUCUCUCUCCUCGCAUUGCUUUAGCUCAGUGAGGCUCAGGCCCAUGGAGCGCACCAACUGCUCAGCUGCCAGCACUGUGGUGGAGACAGCUGUGGGCACCAUGCUGACACUGGAGUGUGUGCUGGGCCUUAUGGGCAAUGCUGUGGCCCUCUGGACCUUCUUUUACCGUCUCAAAGUAUGGAAGCCUUAUGCCGUCUACCUGUUCAACCUGGUGGUGGCUGACCUGCUAUUGGUCACCAGUCUGCCCUUCUUUGCUGCCUUCUAUCUAAAGGGCAAGACCUGGAAACUUGGACACAUGCCCUGCCAAGUCCUGCUCUUCUUGCUGGCGUUCAGCCGUGGUGUGGGAGUAGCCUUCCUGACGACAGUGGCUCUAGACCGGUAUCUGCGUGUGGUCCAUCCUCGGCUCAGAGUUAACUUGCUGUCUCUGAGGGCAGCUUGGGGCAUCUCCAGCCUCAUCUGGCUUCUGAUGGUUGUUCUCACUCCCCAAAACGUGCUCACUUGCAGGACUACCCAGAAUUUCACGGAAUGCCCCAGCUUCUACCCCACAGGAGGGGCCAAGGCCAUUGCCACCUGCCAAGAGGUACUCUUCUUCCUUCAGGUCCUGCUUCCCUUUGGCCUCAUCUCCAUCUGCAACAGUGGGCUCAUCAGGACCCUCCAGAAGAGACUCCGAGAGUCUGACAAACAGCCCAGGAUCCGGAGGGCCAGGGUGCUGGUUGCCAUAGUGCUGCUACUGUUUGGACUGUGCUUCCUGCCUAGUGUCCUGACCAGGGCUCUGGUGCACAUCUUACAGGAAUUUAAGAGCUGCAGUGUCCAGCAAGCCAUAGUGCGGGCCUCUGACAUCGCUGGCAGCCUCACCUGCCUGCACAGUACAUUGAGCCCAGCCAUCUACUGCUUCUCCAAUUCAGCCUUCACCCACUCAUACCGGAAGGUGCUCAAAAGCCUUCGAGGCAGGAGGAAGGCAGCAGAGUCACCUAGCGACAACCUCAGGGACUCCUAUUCCUGAUGACUAUUGGAAUCCUCAGUUCACCUUUUGUUUGGGAACCACUUUGGAUCUAAGUAACAACCCAAUAGUCUCAGGGUAAGGAGAAAGAAACUGCACUGCAAGAAUCCAGACACAGUACGUCUCUGUGGUGACAAGCUGGGCUCACUUGGAUUUCCCCCUGAUAUUUACAGUGCCCUGUGGCUGAUUUGAAUCGCCAGGACAGAGCCUUCCUCCAUUGCACAGUGGCCAUCCUGAUGGAGUUGCCAUGUUGCGUUGAGCAUCUUUGCACUUCAACACAGGAAGAACUCACUGACUGCAUUGGCAGAAGAGAGUGUUGAUGCUGCUCCAGCACCCUCUGGUCUUCCCGGUCAUGCUCUCUUUCCAUGCUUCCAUUCCCCAGUGUACAAACCACUGUCUUCUUGCCCUCCACGGAGCUCAGAACAAGGGACGCCAGCAACCUCCCCAGGCUCUGAAGAGGUCACAUUCUCUUUAUAUAUAUAUAUAAAUUUCUUCUUUGUGUAGGCUGUACAGUGUCUCAGAAAGUCCGGUGAGCUACCUCCCUCACUUUAAGAAAUGUCUGCUAAUUGCCUCAAAACUGACCUAGAAGUUCUUGCUUUGCUUUGAAUGUCUGACUACUUUUUACUCUCCCUCCCCUGCUUUGGAAGAGAUGCCAUACUUUAAUCUUCGUCCUGGGGAAACGGACUUGGAAUUGAAAUGGUGCUUGAGGCAAGCUAAGGGCUGGCAGAUCAUGUCAUGGGAGCUGGGGCUGCUCUUGUCUCCUCAGUCCUAGAACACACAGGCCAAGCACAGCUGUUGAGCAGAGGGAAAGGGCUCAUCACUACUUUAUCUCUGUUUGUAUGCUCACAUCUAGAA